CGCAAUCGCUGGCAGCCUAUGACAUCAGCCAGGAACGCCUGGGAUGCCGCGGCCCCUGGCAGGCCUCUGGGGAGGAGGGUCUUGCGGGCUAAGAGUUAAUUAGUCCCGAAGAGCCAGGGGGGAGGCGCCAGUUUUCUGGGGACCCCGGCUGCCACCGUCUGUUCUCCUACCCAGGGGAGCUCACUGAGAGUUGGAUGCAUUCUGGGUUGUUAACUGCGGUCACCUGGGCUCCCGGGAGCCUGUUCCUGGUGGAAAAGAGGGGCGUCUGGCAAAGGGACCAGCGGCCUGCUGAGACGCACCAUGACACUCCUGGGGUCUGAGCAUUCUUUGCUGAUUAGAAGCAAGUUCAGAUCAGUUUUACAGUUACGACUUCAACAGAGAAGGACCCAGGAGCAGUUGGCUAACCAAGGCUUAAUACCACACUAAUUCAAGCUACAGCAGCCAUAUACUUACUGCCAAGCCUUGCACUGAAAACUCCAACUACAUUCCAUGAGCAAAGAAAAAAUUUGGAUAGUAACAAGACUGAAGAUUCCCUUAGGCGAAAGGGCAGGAACAGGUCUGACCAAGCUGACUUGGUUAAUAUGCACAUACUCCAAGCCUCCACCACGGAGAGGUCCAUUCCAACUGCUCAGAUGAAGCUUAAAAGAGCCCGCCUUGCCGAUGAUCUCAAUGAGAAGAUUGCUCUCCGCCCAGGGCCACUAGAACUGGUGGAAAAGAACAUCCUGCCUGUGGACUCUGCUGUGAAAGAAGCCAUAAAAGGCAACCAGGUGAGUUUCUCCAAGUCUGCGGAUGCAUUCGCCUUUGAAGAGGACAGUAGCAGCGAUGGGCUUUCCCCAGAUCAGGCACGAAGCGAAGACCCUCACAGUUCGGUGGGAUCACCUCCAGACGCUAAAGCCACGGAAGCCUCUGUGGCAGGCUCUCUGGGGACAAAUCAGGAUCUUGCUUCUGGCUCAGAAAAUGACAAGAAUGACUCAGCCUCUCAGCCUGGCCACCAGUCAGACACAGGGAAGCAGAGCCUCGGUCCCCUUGGUGCCUCUCUGCCGGUGCAUGCUGCCGUGAAGUCCAAGUCCUUGGGCGACAGUAAGAACCGCCACAAGAAACCCAAGGACCCCAAGCCCAAAGUGAAGAAGCUCAAAUAUCACCAGUACAUUCCCCCAGACCAGAAGGCCGAGAAGUCCCCGCCGCCCAUGGACUCAGCCUAUGCCAGGCUCCUCCAGCAACAGCAGCUCUUCCUCCAGCUCCAGAUCCUCAGCCAGCAGCAGCAGCACCGGUUCAGCUAUCCAGGGAUGCACCAAGCGCUCAAAGAACCAAGUGAACAAAUGGCCAGAAAUCCAAACUCUGCUUCAACACCGCUGAGCAACACCCCUCUGUCCCCCGUCAAAAGCAGCUUUCCUGGACAAACUGGUGUCUCUUCUCUCAAACCAGGCCCGCUCCCACCCAACCUGGAUGAUCUCAAGGUCUCUGAAUUAAGACAGCAGCUUCGAAUACGGGGCUUACCCGUGUCUGGCACCAAAACGGCUCUCAUGGACAGGCUGCGACCCUUCCAGGACUGUUCUGGCAAUCCCGUGCCCAACUUCGGGGACAUCACAACGGUCACUUUUCCUGUUACCCCCAACACUCUGUCCAGCUACCAGUCCCCCCCUUCCACCAGCGCCUUAUCCAAUGGCUUGUACCACUUCGGCAGCACCAGCUCCAGCCCCCCAAUCUCGCCUGCCUCGUCGGACCUGUCAGUGACUGGGUCCCUGCCUGACACCUUCAACGAAGCAUCCCCAUCCUUUGGCCUGCAUCCGUCCCCAGUGCACGUCUGCACCGAGGAGAGUCUCAUGAGCAGCCUGAAUGGGGGCUCGGGUCCUUCCGAGCUGGACGGGCUGGACUCCGAGAAGGACAAGAUGCUGGUGGAGAAGCAGAAGGUGAUCAACGAGCUCACCUGGAAGCUGCAUCAAGAGCAGAGGCAGGUGGAGGAGCUGAGGAUGCAGCUCCAGAAACAGAAGAGCGGUCACUGUGCCGAGAAGAAGCCGCUGCCCUUCUUGGCUGCCCCCAUUAAGCAAGAAGAUGCUGUCUCCAGCUGCCCGUUCACCUCACAAGAGAUGCACGCCAAAGGCCAGAGCCACAGCACUGAGAGCCAAGCACAGGCCUGCGACGCUGCUCACCUCCUGCCCCUCGGCAAUGCCCACUGUGUGGAGCCCUCUGGUCAAACCAAUGUACUUUCUUCCACGUUUCUCAGCCCCCAGUGCUCCCCGCAGCACUCGCCACUUGGAGCUGUGAAGAGCCCACAGCACAUCAGUCUGCCCCCGUCACCCAACAGCCAUUACUUCCUACCCUUGUCGUCCGGGGCUCAGGGAGAGGGACACAAGGUGUCCUCACCUAGCAGCCAGGUGUGUGCCACGCAGAAUUCAGGAGCACAUGAUAGCCAUUCUCCAAACUUCUCUCCCCAGUCUUCUGGCCUCCACACCCCUUUCUCUGGAGCCCAGACAGAUAGCAAUCAAGGUGCUGGGGGCAAGCCAUGUCCCCAAAGCCCAGGUGUACAGCCAAAGAUAGCUGGUUUACAUUCUUCUGAUAAGAUGGGGCCAAAAUUUUCAAUUCCAUCCCCAACUUUUUCUAAACCAAGUUCAACAGUUUCAGAGGUAACACAGCCUCCAUCCUAUGAAGAUGCAGUAAAACAGCAAAUGACUCGGAGUCAGCAAAUGGAUGAACUCCUGGACGUCCUCAUUGAAAGCGGAGAAAUGCCAGCUGAUGCCAGAGGAGAUCAUUCCUGUCUUCAGAAAGUCCCAAAGGUACCAGGGACCUCUCGCAGCCCGACCAUCAUCCUGCCCAAGCCCUCAGCUUCCUUUGAACAAGCAUCUUCUGGAGGCCAGCUCUCCUUUGAGCACUAUGUCACUGACAGCGAUGAGCACUUGGAAGUCUUGUUAAAUUCCCACAGCCCCUUAGGAAAAGUGAGCGAUGUUUCCCUUCUCAAAAUUGGAGGUGAGGAGCCUCCUUUCGAAGGGAUUAUAGAUGGCUUUUCUGGGAAGGCGGCAGAAGACAUCUUCAACACACACGAGAUCCUGCCAGGCCCCCUGUCCCCAAUGCAGACACAGUUCUCACCCUCUUCUGUGGACAGCAAUGGGCUGCAAUUAAGCUUCACGGAGUCUCCUUGGGAAACCAUGGAGUGGCUGGACCUCACCCCACCCAGUUCCACGCCAGGCUUUAGCUCGCUUGCCACCAAUGGCCCCAGCAUCUUCAACAUUGACUUCCUGGAUGUCACCGAUCUCAAUUUGAAUUCCCCCAUGGACCUUCACUUACAGCAGUGGUAGAACACCUGACACACAAGUGCUAAGGAAGACUAACAGGGAUUCCAUGGGGGAGAAUCCACAGCUAUAUACACUUACAUUACCAAGGAAGAAGAUUAACAAGAAGCAAUGGAGAAUCCCAUGCCAAUCAAUAAGAACCAAUAGGAGUCAUUUUUAAAAAUGCAUAUAUAAUGUGGUAUUUACUAACAUUCAAUAACUGUUAAUCAUUUCAACAAUGCAUCAAAACUAUGCUUUCUCAGAUUAAGGAUGCCAAAGAAAAUACUCUCACUGCCUUUUUAAAUACCAACAUUUUUUCUAGCCCAUACUUUUUCUCAGGCAUUGGUAGGGCAUAAGUUCACACUGUAAGCUUUUGGCAUGACUUUAUUAGAUAUACUGUGGGAAGAAAACAUUAAAAGUCUUUGGAGAAUACAAGGAAGAUUGUUCUUCAAAGGUUACAGAGGACAUAGCCACAGUGGAGCUCACUUCCCGUGUCUUUAUUAUCUGUCUUUCAAAACAGCAGCCAGGUCCAGCUUCAGUUAGGGAGUCCAUAAUGCAGGGUAAAGGGGCAGAACCAAUGCAUUCCUAGACAAGUAAAUUCGAUUUGAUGUCCCUCCGUGCCCCAUUAGAGUGAUUCCAAGUCAGGACUUUGUAGCCACUCAUAGCAACUAACUUGCAUGAUUCCUUUUUUAGUCAGUAGCCCAGAUAUUACCACCAUCUCCAUUUGGAUAAGCAUUGAGUAAUAGAUGAGAACCUUGAAUAGGAAAACUUCCUGAGAUAAAAGGAAAUACCUUACAUUCUCUAGAACAAUCCCCUUUAAAUCCAAAGACUAAAGAUAAACAGACUUAAAGAUAUCUUGAGGCAGAAGAAGCUGAAUCAGGGAUACUUCAGAUAGGACUAAAGAAUAAUAUUGACUUGCAUAUCUUGUAGAUAAAUAUCAUACUAUCACAGGAUUGUUAUUUAUAGAGGUUCAACUUCUUUUGUUUCUUGAUUAUGGAAUGAGGGGUUUCACCUUAGUAUAUCUUUCUUUUUCUGUUUUUCCAAAUAGCAAUCCUUUUUUGCCCUUCUUUUGACAAUGUUUUUGUCCCAGCCUUGAGAGAGGAGGACUUCUAACAAGCGGUCAUACUUCUGAUAAAGCAGUGUUUUCUAGCAAGUUGAAAGUCCAACUUCUCCUGCAGAAUUCCCUCCUCUUAUCUACAAUUCAUGGCCAAAGAAAGUCACAAGAAAUUCCUUAGGAAGAAACUAGUGACCUGGUUCUUGGGUCACAAAGCUUUUUCUACUCUCAUUUGGUUUAUAAGCAAUCUUUGAUUUUUGUUCCUCUGGGGGAAAUUGGAAAUCACUAUAUUGUGGGUUUGUGGUAUGGAAAUUCAUUAUAAAUAUUGAUGAUAUUUACAAGAGGGAGUGUAUUUCAGGUUUGGGCGUUAAGAAAGCACAAUUGUACAUUGAAAGUAGCAGAAGAAAAAAACAGACCAUGAUCAAAUGAGCAUUCCUCAUCACCUUUUGUGUUUUAGAAGGGAGUUGGGGAAAACUUUGUAGGGCUGUCUCUAAGGCUCACUGUGGCUCCAAUACACCAUUUGUAUAGUGUUGCAUGUGUAGAAAUAGCUAUUGCUGUUUUUGUUUUUAAUUUAAGUCACUGAGGCACUGUUUUCUUCUUUUGUAAAAAAAAAAAAAAGUUGUUCACUGUGCACUUAUAGAAAAAAUAAUCAAAAAUGUUGUGAUUUUAGAAGUUCUCUUUUUGAUAACCAGAAAUUUAGAAGUCAUUCCAUUGUUAUUGUUAGCUUGUAAAAAGAUGUGAACAUAGAGUGGUUUUGGUGACUGCUACUCUGAAAGCUGCCGGAUCUUAUUCAGGGGAUGGACGCAUUGAUCUAUAAGACAUGUGCAUGUUGUAAGUGUGUAUACAUGUAUACACAUACAUAUGUAUGCAUACAUAUUCAUGUGUGUGUGUGUGUGUGCCUGCGUCUUGAAAAUCAGUGUUACAGAGUUCUGUACCAAAGGCCUUUAACCCUCAAACUGCUGUGAAUGAUCUCUGACCUUUCUCACUCCGAGUUUCUGAUUAACCAACCAGACCACACGUUGCCUCUCUGAGUAUAUGACUAAGGGCUCCAGCCCAAUGACUCACAGCCACUUGCUUGCCGUGAACAGGCUCCUCCUGACCGUGAUAUGAUGUGAAAAGAGAAUGAUUUCACCAUUAGUUCCUGUCAAUGGUAAUACUGUCUCUUGUAGAAGAAUUUGAUAAAGGAAUAUGCAAAUUGCUUAACAUUCCUUGAUCUUCACUAUGCUUGAAACAAUCUGCAUGAUAAAAAAAAUUUUUUUUUUUUUUUUUUUUUUUGCUUCUAUGUCAGAGCCAAAAAUCUAGAGGGGAAAAAAAAUCACCAUGAAGACGAAGCAAUGGGGAAGAGACCUUUAAUGUCACAUUCCAUGCUUGGUUUAUUCCUCAGAUGUGAUGUUUGAUUGAAGUCCUGACAAAGCUUGCUAUAAGCACACUUUUCAGGUGCCACAUUGUGCUAUUUGUAUGUUAUUUCCCCCUGUUACUUCCUUUGGGAAACGAUCUCACACGGUGUCCCUAUUCUGAGAUCUUAGUCUCAGUGUUAAUGAUUUGGUGCCUUGGAAAUUUCUGUCUGAGGGAUUAGAACUGGUUAGGAGGCCUCUGUACUUGGCUAAAUUAUGGCUUUUCACUAGGAUAUUUUUAUCCAAGUCUAAUAUACAAGCCUCACAGAAGACAGGCUACAGAGUUAAGAGAGCAGACCCCCGGAUAAUUGAUCUUAGCCUUCUCCCUUGGUCUCUCCAGACCAUAGUCACCCUGCAUAGCUCUGAUGAGAGAUUGAGGGAGAAAACGGGAGAUAUUUUGGAGGCAACCAAUGAAGACACGUGGUCCCAGUGAAUCAGGUGAUCAGUAAUUCAUGUUAAUUCAUCAGUUUGCUGCUGGAGAUUUUUACUUUACAUUCUUAUUUAUUUCUGACCUCUUUUGUGGUGACAAAUUAGGCAUGACUAAAAGGUGGGCAAAAAGAUGGCCACAUGCAAGUUUAAUGUCCCUAAAGAUAAUCACAUGUAGGUAAGACCCUUGAAAUCCUCAUGAUGAUGCAGAUAUGCAGAUCUGUGUAGCCAUUUUUAAUGUUGCUCUAGCCUAGCAGACCGUGUAUCCAUGCAGCCAGAAAAUUCAUCUGUGCAAGCAUUGUCUCUAAGCCUGUGCUCAUUAGUAGCUCCUAGCAAUGUUAGAGAGAGCAUAUGUUCUGUCAUAGGGGUAGAGAGGGUGAGAGAGAGAAGGAGGAAGAAAAGAACAAAGAAAGGUUGAGAAGAAAAGAAGGAGAAAGGAAAGAGAAAAGAAAAAAGCAAGAAAGAAGGAGGGAAGGGAGAAAGGAAGGAGGAAGGAAGGAAAGAGAGAUAAAGAGGAAGAGAAAGAACAGAAGGACCCAACUUCCUAAACGAUGAACUUCUCAGUUCAGCUAAGACAGUGAUGCAAACCUUUUAGAGACCAAGUGCCAAACUGCACCCCCAAACCCUUUCUAUAGAGCAACACGCCAACAAUGUAGUUAAAGCUGAAUAUUGAGGUGUUUAGUUAGGAAUAAUAACUCAUCAAUUAACAUCUUUUGUCUUAAGAGAAAAACACAAUAACACGUGCACCAUAGGUUCACCGUCACUGAGCUAAGACGUCACAUCAUAAAAUGUGAAUUCCAAACUUGUAAAGGUGCAGUCAUUCUUAACAAUGCGAUGAUUGUAGUGGUACAUGCGGAAAGCCAAACAGCCUACACGUAAGUAAUCAAUGGAAACCUUUUUCUGUUUAAAAACAUUUAUUUUCAAUCUUGUAAAAAACAAAAACUCCUAUCCUAAGUGCUCAAAAGAGUUCUUUUAAAAACUACUUUAAAUCUACUCAGCUCUUGUAGAGCUGGCCUGGCUACAAACUCCUAGAUCAUAUUUACUCACCCACUGAAUAAUUAUUUGAUGCCUACAGUGUGUAAUGCACAGAUACCACCAGAGCUCCAGUAGCAAAUUGAUUCAGCACAGAUUAUUCAGCUAUGGAAUGAUAAAGGAGUUGUAAUCCUUAAAGCAAGAACACUGGGAAUCUCUCAACCUUCAGAUGGGAAACAUUUCAGCCAUGCUAAAAAUGGGCCUACUUUUCCAGACGGGAGAGAGAGUAGAGGGCCCCUUUUAGCUGAAGGUUGUCUCCCCUGGGAAGAUUCUUGUCUUUUUUCUUAUGGUCAAAUAGCAGCUUAUCACUUGGAAUUCUAUAUCUCCCACCAUUUAAAACAUGGGAGAAUCUUAACAUUUGUUUUGAUUUCCAGAUACAAAAGCCCUUUGGAAAUAAGGGAAAUGUAGAGAAAACAUUUUUUGUUCUACCCUAGCCUCUGUCAUCAUAACGAGUUCUCUAGACAAAAGAAUCACUUCCUGGGGUGGAGGGACAUGAGAUAUCCACACGAGUCUCCCUCCCUUAGGAGAAAACUCCAGAAGGUGAAGACAAUUUGGCCUCCGUCCUCCUUUUCAGCCUUUUGUUGCAUUCCUCACAGGAGAAGUCCACAAAUGCCAGGACCUGGUUUGCUGUCAGAAUGAAAAAACUUGAAGUGGAAGAAAUCUAAGGUUUUCAUUUUCCCAUGACUCUAAUUAUAAACCAGCAGGUUGCUCAGACGCUGAUAUUGCUGAUGCUUGAUUAGACAGACAGUAGACCCACAGAGUCCAGGUCUUAGAACAAGAUGGUCCUUUAGUGCCAAGAGCUAGUUGUGUUAAGAAGUCCUGAUUAGGUUGAAGCUAGCCAUGGGGAGGUGAUUUCAAGAUAUGGAGGGCUAGAAAUCACUGGGUUCAAUAAUCUAUGAGUAGAUUUCCUUCUGAUCAGGAUCAGAGUUCCCCUAUAGAUUAGUACAAACAACCUCCCGGAGGUCUCCUGUGCUUAUGUCACAACCUACUUCGAUCAUGGACAGUUAGACACUGGUGGGGUGCGUUUCCGGUAGGUGGCUUGACUAUUUGGGGUGUGUAUGGAAUAGGAAUACAGCAGUGAGGAUUAUGGAAGCUAUUUAAACGUUUUCCAAAGGAACAAGACCCACACUGCUCCCCAGAGUUCGGUUCCUGUGGCCUUACAGUGAGGAACCAGGGCAAUACAUUGCUGGGUGCUUAAAAUCCUCUCUCAAUGAAACACAGAUAGGCACUUUGUAAAGAACUGAGGAAUGAGCAUGCACUCUGCGGGGACCUGUGUGGUGUGUGUUCAUGCCGAACUCAUUGCUGAACUCCACAUGGAAAGAAAUAAUUGUGGAAUACUGGGAAAAGCAAAGAAGCAGUGGCUUUAAUACCAAAGUUGGCAUGUGUUCGUUUUGUUUUGUUUUUUUUUUU